UCUACGUUAUUCUCUCUCCGUCAUUCUCCAUAUUACUCGAAAAAAUCGAAAAAAAAACCUGAAAAUUUCGAGAAUAGAGAGAGAAAAAAAUGUAUCAAAUAAACGACGAUAGAAGAUUUGAGCUCCCACCUCCUCCACUUACGAACCAACCCAAUAAUGAGAUUGAUCCAUCCCAAUUUGGCAUUAUUUCAUCAAAUCAUAAUAAAUUCUUACCAAAUCUCCACUCUUAUCUCCCACUCCAUGACCUAACAACCUCUUUAAACCCUAGUCUUAUUGAUACACCAAUACAUAGCCCUAAUAAUAGCAUUAUCAACCCUUUAUGUUCAGAUCAUGAUCAAUUAGCAACAAGCAAAGAGCAAAACGAAGAACAAGAGAUUAGAAGGCUUAAGAGGAUGAUAUCAAACCGGGAAUCGGCUAGACGGUCUAGGCUACGCAAACGCAAGCAACUCGAAAACCUUCAAUCACAAGUCUUGCAACUUCUUGCUGCCAAUCAUCAACUCGCCGAGAAACUCAACCUUGUCAUGGAGUCUAACUAUGAACUUCUUCAAGAGAAUGCCCGGCUUAGAGACGAAGCCAUUUGUCUACGAGACGAAGCCAUUAAUUGUGGUAAUUCCAUGUUUGAUGAGGCUCAGUAAUGUAAUCAGGGCUAACCUGAUUUUCUUUCCUUAUCCAAAAAAAAAAAAAGACGAGGCUCGGUGAUGUAAUACUCUUGUAAAUUUAUGUGAUUUCCCCUUUCAUGUACCUACAAUAAUGUAUGUAGUAUCAUCGCUUCAAAUCCGAUAAAAUUUUUCUUUUUUUCGUUGAGAUUUUUUUUUUUUUAAGGUAAGAAAAAGAAAGGAACCCACCACCCGAGGGGGAGAUAAUUAAGGAAAUCAAUGGGUUGCAUAUAUAUGUGGUUGUAACGUUACAUGGUGGUAUUAUACUAUGAACAAGUGCCAAAUUUUUGUACAUGAGACAAAUUAUGCCUAUACUUUAAUCCUUGCACAUAAUAUGAACACUAUAAUUUUUGGUAGCAUACAUCAAAUCAUGUAG